AUGAAGCUCUCGAGGUCAGCAACCCACGAGCCAGUCAGGGGCUACUGGUGUCGAGUUUGCGAGACUUGCUACAAGUCCAGGGAGGGGUACAACGACCACAGCGGUGUCAUGGUGGACCACACGGGUGCUUUUGUCACAAUCAGGAGGAGGAAGGUCGAGAGGCAGAACCUUGAAAUCCAGAGGCUGGAGAAGAGGUUGACCAAGUUGACGCAGCUGCUGGCCUACCCCCCGGAUGAGGCAGUCGGGGGUGGCGGGGGGCUGCUGACACCAGUCGCAUCCUUGGCCGGACAGAAGAAUGCACGGAAGCAGCUCGAGCAGUCUGUUGUCACGUGGGAGGAAGACGCCAACGUUCCCCGGUGUCCAUUCUGCCAGCAGGAAUUCUCCUGGUCGUUCAGGAGGCACCAUUGCCGGAUGUGUGGCAGAGUCGUCUGUGCAGAUGCGCAGACGGAGUGCUCCAGCGAGGUUGGACUGAACGUCUCCAAGCCGGUAUCCAACGGGACUGGCAACGAGAAGGCCGACAUGCCCAAGGGCAGCCACAUCAGCGUCGACGUCCGGAUGUGCCGCGACUGCAAACACACGAUAUUCGCCAAGCGCAAUUUUCAGGACGCGGUCACGCUUAAGCCACCGGAUCAAAGGGCCUACGAGACACUUCGCCAGUUUGAACGCGGGAUCCGGCUUCUGAUGCCGUCAUUCCAGAGGGCGCUGGUGGCACUCCAGCCGCCAGAUGACGAGUUCUCGCUGGAUAGGCCACCGCCAUCGCACGCACAGAUCCAGGAAGCGAACAAACUACGCAAAAGGCUGACAGACAGCUUUGCGAAAUACCACGUUGCGGCAAAGCGCAUACGUGACAUGAAAACCACGAGCGCGACGCAGCUCAGGCUCCAGAAGAACGUGUACACAGCCGCAAGCUCCUUUCUACACGCCUACAUGCUUCCCAUGAAGAGCUUGCCCAACAUGCUCAAGAGGAACAUGAGCAACCCGGGCAACCCGAGCAGUCACCGGCGGCUUCUGGGUGCUACAGAACGGCACGGCAGCUCCGGGUCGGUGCCUGGGGCGUUGUCCCCCUUGCGCAAAAACGAGUCGGCCGAGCCCGGGUCAGAAACGGCCAGCCUCGGUGAGGCGAGCGAGGCGAGCACGGCGGUGUCUGCGCUUGAGACGGAGGAGAAGGAACUCCGGGAAAGACUGGUGGUGCUGGAGGAGCAGAGGUUCCUGGUGCAGGAGAUGGUCAACAAUGCGCGGGCCUCGCGACGAUUCGAGGAAGUCGGGGCGCUGAACAAGAACGUGGAGGAGCUGGACCGCGAAAUCAACGCCCUGAGCAACGCCGUGGACGGGGUGGAGCACCGGUGGGAGGGCUUAUAUUCGCAGCGGGCCGCGGCUUGA